UCGACAAACACUAUUUUCUUUUUUUUUACUUUCUUAUUAUUAUUUUAUUCCUUUGGUUUAUUUUAUAUUUUUAUUUACCUUCUUCAACCCCCUAUUUUCGGCGUCGGACACGACAACAAAAAAACCAACCGCCUCUUCCAAAAAAAGAAAACUCUGGACUCCUGGAUACCCGCUGCGGUGCAUUCAUCAUGGCCAACUCUGGAGACUUGACCCCCGCCCUCUACGCGGCCCCGGCCUCGCUCAUGGCCUUGACCGGCCUGCUGGUGGGAUCGAGAACAUGGGCACGGCUCACCUUGACUGGACUACGCGCCGAUGAUGUAUUCAUAAUUUUUAGUUGGAUCUUCAAUGUGGUCCUCUGCAGCUUCGUCAUGGCCCUGGCCUCGGUUGGGCUGGGUACAAAAACCGGCGAAAUGAGCUCCGAGAACUACGCCAAGUACCUCAAGCUCAUCCCGGUCUGCUCCAUCAGCUUCAGCUUCGGCACGGCCCUGGCAAAGUGCUCCUUUGCCGUGCUGUACCUGCGCCUGAUUCCGAACCGAUACGUCCAGUGGCUGAACCGCGGCAUCAUCUUUUACGUGCUGUGCCAGGCCAUCGAGGAGACCUUUGUCAACAUCUUUCAGUGCCGGCCCGUGGCGAAGGCUUGGGACCCCAGCCUCGAGGGAACCUGCAUCAACAUUGAGACCAUGUGGUGGUUCGGCUUUGUAUCCAACAUCUGCACAGAUUGGAUUCUCUUCCUUGAACCCAUGCCUUUUAUCUGGGGACUGCAGCUCAUCUCGGUCACCAAAAAGAUCGGCCUCAGCUUCAUGCUGUCCCUGGGCCUUCUUCUCUGCAUCAUAUCAGUCAAGAGGGUCGUCGAGGCUGCAAAGACCACAAUCAAUGACGGAAUGUUCCUCCUCGCCGAGCCACUCAUCUGGUCCAUCGCCGAGCUGAGCGCCCUGAUAAUAUGCUCCUGCACGCCGGCGCUCCGCCAGACCCUGUACCGGAUCCCGUGGCUCAACCGGGCGCUGGGCCUCGGCUCCAAGCUGGGCUCGGACCGCGAGGACCGCUACAGCAAGUCGUCGUCGUUUGGCGCGUCGCGCUUCUUCUUCAACCGCCGCGUGCGGUACGGCCGCUCCACCAGCUGCAGCGGCGGCGGCGUGACCGAGGUCGGCGUCUGCCCGAGCCAGACCAACAUGGAGGACAAGAACAGCGGCGGCGGCGGCGGCGGCGGCAGCGGAAGCAGCAGUAGCGGCAGCAGCAGCAGCAAGCACCACCACCAGGGGCCCACGACCGAGACCGAGGGUCGGCCCACGCCCAGGCGGCACCACCUCCUCAUGCCGCCCGUGUUUUGGUCGAGGUCCGGAGCAUCCCGGCAGCCCAUGAACCUCCGAUCGGGGAUCCAGUCCAACCUCGAGGUGAGCAGCAUACGAGACAUGAAGAGCAGGGCCACGCAGAGCACCGACUACGUGCCGUCGAGGCCCAAGCCCAGCGAAUCGUGCCACGACCUCGCCUACGGGCAGCGAGAAAAGCCACACUUGUGUGGGCAACAACACGUGGGCAUGAGAAUAAUAGCCAUCGAGGGGGAUGACGACUUUGACCAGAGGAGCACUCUGGAACCCCUCGAAAGUGAAACACAAGAUUAUUAUACAGAGAAGCCACACGCAGAGUCGUGUAUAUCAGCACCAGCACCAGCACUUUUGCGCAACGGCAGAAGCAUUCCACCCAUCAAGAUCACGCCGGCCAUUGAUGACAAUGAAAGUAUCCUAUCGCCGAGGCCGGAUCCCCUAUCAAAGCUGAAAGGAUCAGCAGAUACGAGCGACUCAAAAUAG